UUGCGGUGAGUUCAGCAAACGAAACUCAGUCAACAUUUAGAACUUGACGACGCGUGAACGUGGUGGAGAGUAAUUGUGUGUGACGUCGCGUGUUUGUUAAGAAAGUUUUAUAAAAGAAGUUUUGUGGUAAUUUUCUUAAAAGAAAACGAAAAUAAAUUACGAAAAUUUUGGAUAUACAAAUGAUUAAAUAUAGAAAUAUAUCUAACCCAAAAUAAAGUGAAAAUUAUAUUAAAAGUUUAAAAAUAAAACCAAAGUUUAGCAAGAAAAGCUUAACAGAAAUAAAGAAUAAAAAUUGAAAUAAGAAUAAAAGUUCCUAAAAAUAUUUUCUUAAAGUAAAAAAAAAAAAACAAACAAAUCUUACAGAAAAGUUGUGAAUUAUUAGCAAUUUUCCUUUAAUCUACUAAACAAAGCUUUAUAAAAGCUUUUUUGUCACAAAGUUCAAACGUGAAGCAGCAACAUGUUAGUGCCGUCGGAUAUGAUAGCGGCACAAUCCAAAAUGGUCUAUCAAAUGAAUAAAUACUGUGCCGAUCGUGUUCAGACACGCAAAGCCCAGAUACACAAACAGAUACUCGAGGUGUGUCGCAUAGUUCAAGAUGUUCUCAAAGAAGUUGAGGUCCAGGAACCUCGUUUCAUAUCCUCCCUUAACGAUUAUAAUGGUCGCUUUGAGGGUUUGGAAGUUAUAUCACCCACAGAAUUUGAAAUCAUCAUAUAUUUGAAUCAAAUGGGUGUUUUAAAUUUUGUCGAUGAUGGCACCCUGCCCGGCUGUGCGGUACUCAAACUAAGCGAUGGUCGCAAACGUUCCAUGUCUCUAUGGGUAGAAUUUAUAACAGCUUCCGGUUACUUGUCAGCCCGUAAGAUACGUUCACGUUUUCAAACGUUAGUUGCCCAAGCUUGUGAUAAAUGUGCUUAUCGAGAUAUAGUGAAAAUGAUUGCCGACACUACCGAGGUGAAGUUACGUAUACGCGAAAGGAUUAUUGUACAAAUUACGCCUGCCUUUAAGUGUGCCGGCCUGUGGCCACGUUCGGCCUCACAUUGGCCCAUACCGGGUAUACCAUGGCCACAUCCUAAUAUUGUUGCAGAGGUUAAGACUGAAGGUUUCGAUAUGUUAUCGAAGGAAUGUAUAGCGUUGCAGGGUAAAAAUUCUGCUAUGGAAGGUGAUGCCUGGGUGUUGAGCUUUACAGAUGCUGAAAAUCGUUUGUUACAAGGUGCCAGUCGCCGUAGAUGUUUAAGUAUUUUAAAAACCCUGCGUGAUCGUCAUUUAGACCUGCCUGGUAAUCCCGUCACUUCUUACCACUUGAAAACCUUAUUGCUCUACGAAUGUGAAAAACAUCCCCGGGAAAUGGAAUGGGAAGAGAAUUGUAUUGCCGAUCGUAUUAAUGGUAUAUUCUUGCAAUUAAUUUCUUGUCUACAGUGCCGUCGGUGUCCACAUUAUUUUUUGCCAAAUAUGGAUUUAUUUAAAGGCAAAUCACCGGGUGCUUUAGAAAAUGCCGCCAAACAAGUUUGGCGUCUAACACGUAUUAUGUUAACAAAUGCACGAUGUUUAGAGGAAUUGUAAGCCCAAUGGAAAAAAAGGCGCACAAAAUUAUAUUUAGUAACUAAAACAUACACAAAAAAAUUCCCCCUUUUCUUGGUUGUAAGGGGGGAAAUUUGAACACAAAGAUAUUGUUAUAACAAAAACAACAAAAGUUAAUUGUAUAAUAGUUAAACAAAAAUUUUUAUUUUUUUCGCUUAUUUAAUUUAUUAGAUUUUGUAGCAUUUAGUUUAGGUUUUAUUUUAGUUUGUAGCAAAUAAUUUAUUAGGGGCCUAAAUUUUGAAAUUAAAAAAAUUAUGGAAAUUUUUAAGGUUUUUAAAAAAUUUCAUAUCUGUUUUGUUAAAUACUUAACAAAAUGUUACAUUUUACAAAAAGACAUUUUAUAAGUGUGUUCGUCUUGAAGAGGUAAUUAAGGAAAUUUGAAGGGUUUUAUUCAAGAAGAAGUAAAACCAUUUACUGUAGUUGCCCAGCAAAAACUUCCGUUACCAUGUAAAGGGUUAAAAUGCUAAACUUUAUUUAAAUAAUAGAAUUUGAUGAUAUUUUUUCACAAGUAAUUAGAAAAAUCAGUCAAUUAAAAUCGUGUGAAAAAACGCUAUUAAAUUUAAAAUAAAAUCGGAUUCUUUUCGCUUCUUUGGAAGUCAAUAAACAUCACUUCCACAGAAGGUGAAAAAAUAAUUUAGAGUUACUUUGUUAUUCUUUUGGAAGUACUUCUUUUUAUUUUUGCUGGGUAUAUCUUCAUGCAGAAGCAGUCUAAUGAAUUAGAAAGUAUUUCUAUAACUUAUUAUUAAUAAGACGUUAUAAAAGUACUUCUAUGUAAUCAGAACGAUAAGUACUCAUUACAAAGUAUGUUAAAUGGUUAAAAUUGCAAGUCAUUAUCAAGUUUUUGUUGGGUGUUAACUCAAAAUUAUGUUUUUAAUUGAGAAAAGUAUAAAAGAAAUCUUUGUUAGACCAGGGUCCCGUUUUCGAGAAAAAGCUUUGAACUUUGAAUAAAUCUUUAUGAAUAGGACCCAUUUACUACUUAUAAGCAACUAAUAUAGGAAGGAAAAGUUUUCAAAUUAUGUCCUUUUGUCUACAUGAAAACUGUACCAAAUUUUUUAAAUUAAUAACCUCUUCCUAAAGUAAAUUCUGUUCAGCCUGAAAUGUACUAUUUAGUUGUUCAUUGUCUAUAAUACUCGCUUACAAAUAGGGAGUUAAAUAAGUCAUUAAAAUAUUUGCUUAUGUGCAUUAUACAAGUCAUUUUCGGAUCUUUGGAUCUGGACUUUUGUCGAAAAUUAAUUAGUAUCAAAUAAAUUCUAUUUGUAAUGAUGAAAAAUUUGUGAAAACUUUUAUGAGAAAUAUUCAUAACGUUUUAUAUAUUUUAUGGGGUUUUUAACACCAUCUACAUUAUUAGUUUGUGAAAAAAAAAAUCAUUUCCAAAAUUACUAUUUCAUUCCUUUACUGGUAUGGUGACGAUUAUAGGACCUAUUCCUGAAUCGGUGUAUACUUGUUUAUUGAUAUGUGGACUAGACACCCUAUGAAACCUAUAUAGUUCAUACAGAAGAGAAUGCACGGGGAAAAUGGGUAUCUAUAGACUAGUGUAUAAACUUUCUUUGUACUAGUCCAUAGACUAUGGACUAGUUUAUACACUAAUCAAUAGACUAUACUAUUGACAAGUAGUUACCCAAAAAUAUUGGUCCUACACCCACCUUAAAGUAUACAAAUCGACAAAGUCACUUUAGAAAUCGAUUUAGCUAUGUCCGUCCGUUCUCCAUCUGUCUGUUUGUCCAUGUGAACCUUAUGCGAACGCCACAGGUUGAAAUUUUCUUUCAGCAGCAGGAUUUGAAUGUUAAAAAGAAGAAAUAAUCUUUCUUUACUUUUAAAAAGAGUACUUCUUUUGAAUUCCUAACAAAUUUUUCUUUUUACUUAGACGAACACCUUAUGAAAGCUUAUUUAAUUAAAGACAUUACAACCAGUGACUUAAAAGAAUUAAUAAUUUAUUAAGCAUUUUUUUCUCUAAGUUUUAUGCCAAAAUAAUUAUUAAUUUCAUAAUUUAAAUUUAAGUUAAAUUUUUAUAAAACUAAAAACCUUGUAAAUUUUAAACAAAAAAAAAAAUCCCAAAAAUUAUAUUU